AGCACUGACCCAACGUUUGAUUAUACAUAUUUUCUUAUCAAUGCCGAAUUUUGGAGACCGGGGAGUUCUACUGAGGAGUCCAGCUAUUCGACUGCUUUCAGUGAGUGCUAUAAUGGGUAGUAUGUGUGCCGGCGCACUUUGGCCUGGUCGCAAAGCACAGCUCCCCAAAGGCGAUUUUGGACAGCGAAUGCUGCAACAAUGUCGCCUUUUGGAAAAACCCAAUGUAUCGGUGGACCUCAAACACUUUAAAGCGUUAUCGGAAAAGUUUCCAGCCGAGUUUGGGAUCGAUACCUGCCGGGUGAAGGCCCAACCGGCAGAUCGCAGUGAGAAAAUCCGGGAGCAAAUCGCUUCCGCUUAUCCGGUUAUUCAUGAGAGGACUCUUCUGCUCUACAUCAGUUUCCUGGAGCACAAGCUCAAGUUCGGGAGCCAGCAGGAGAAGAACAUCUACAAGGACAUGACUGUGGUGGAUUUCGUGCAGCGUCUUCUGGCGAAGCGAUGUGUAUGGUUCUACGGCAGUGGCGACUUCUAUAAAACCAUGGAUGGCCAAACAGGACACGAGGGCUUCGAGAAGGUGGGCACAGCGUCGGAGAAGUAUCCCCUGACACUGAACUCGGUGCUCAUCUACGACGAGAUCAAGCUGGCCGCCCUGCUCUACGCGUCCACCCACUCUGAGUUCAUCAACAAUGGACGCAGGUCGAAUGCCGGUGAGGUGACCCAGGGCAAGAGUACCAUCGAACGGGAAGGCGUGAUCAUUGGACUGAUUGGUGCCCGGUUCGAGCGACCCGAUGUGAUGGAGUACCAGGAUAUUAUGAUCACCCAGACUCAGAAUACCCAGAACAGGGGCUAUGGACUGUCAAAGUCCUCUAAUAAAACCGACACCCCAGCCUCAGAUUUGCGUAGAAUCUGGCGGGAGUUCUACGAGGAGCCCGCGGACUUUAUUUUUGAGGACGUACCCCAGAAUGAGGAUCGUUUCGAGGAGGUUCCCGAGGGUGUUUUCGACCACCAGGUGAUGCGCAAGCGAUAUGCCAUCAGUUUCGAUACCCUGCUUCUGGAGGCCCAGGAUAGAGCACUCAAGAUGGGCAAACCCGCCUACAUCCAUGUGGUGGGCAUUGGCUUGGGCGUCUGGAAGGCCGCUCGUCGCCAGGAUAGCACCUUCUUCCAAUCCUUCGAAGAACGAUUGCAAGCACUUGGAGCACGACUCAGUCACAUCGGUGUGGUGCACUUUUCCUGGUUUCAUAUCCGUGGAUUUGGCGGAUUGUACGACGGAGCCAUGUUUCCCGUGGAGAACCAUCCGCGAGGUGGCAUUCUCAUCCGGAAUUCGAAACGAAAUCCCGCCGACAAACUGGAGGAGAACAUGCUGCCCGUGGUGACAUAUGCCUGGGAUGGAAACGCCCUGCCUGGCAAUGAGUUUUGGGCGAAAACGCUGAUCGGCACUGGAGAUCCGGCAGCAGCCUGUUCCACUUUGAUUACAGAGCUGCAAAAUACCCAUAUAAACAGGGAUUACAUGAGUGGAGCCAAUCUGCACAUCGCAUCCGUGGAACAUGGACUGCUUCAUGUGGGGGACUACGCCAGGAAAGUGAUUGUCUAACUAUCCUUAAAAAAUUGUUACUCAUAUAAUCCAAAUACUCCAUAAGCCUCAUAAAAUGUGGACAUUUUUAUAUAGAAUUAUUAACUUUAUACAAAAGGGUGAGGUAUUAAAUACAACUCAUCUAAAAAAUCUCAGGGACUUGGUGUUUUUAAAAAAUAUACUAUUUGUUAAACGAUAUAUGAAAACUAUGCAACGAAAUAGUAGCCUUUUUAAAAAUUUUAUAUAUGUGCAUUGCACCAUUACUAAUAAAUAUCUUAAAAAGAG